ACCCUAAUUUAAUCCCACCUCGGCGCCGCACCGCCCGGGCCUCGGUUUCUCCGUCGCAUCGCCGUCGUGCCCGUCCUCGGCGCCCCCGUAAAAAGCCUCGGCCAUCGCCGCCCCUCCUCAAAUGCCCGAGACCCCCACGACCCCUUCCGGCGCCUACCCGUCCACACCCCAUGGCCCCCAGUCUCCUCCGGCCCGCCUCCCCGUGCCGCCCCCUCGCGCCGGCCCCCUGCGCCGCCGGCCCCGGCCGGAGCCGCGCCACCGUGUCGAUCGGUGAUUCCAGGGCGCGCGGCGUUGCCCUGAGGGCGGCAGGAUCUGGACGGAGCGAUUUCUCAUGUACUACAAAGGCCUCGACAGAUCAUUCUGGCUUGACCCGACAACUUCUAGAUUUUCAACAUGAUACUGUAGAUGAGACAGAUGGAGGAUAUGAUCCAUUCAGUCAACUAAAAGAGAGGUUCACGGACUUCAAGCAACGAAACUAUGUGGUAAAUUUUACCAAUUAUCAAAAACUUGCUGAGCAGCAAACACCAGAGUUCAUGGUGGUUGCUUGUGCUGACUCCAGGGUCUGCCCUACCAGUAUUUUAGGGCUUCAGCCUGGUGAUGCAUUCACUGUCCGUAAUGUGGCAAAUUUGGUACCACCAUAUGAGCAUGGAGCUUCAGAGACUACUGCAGCACUAGAGUUUGCUGUCAACUCACUUCAGGUACCUAAUGUGUUGGUGGUAGGUCAUAGUCGUUGUGGUGGCAUCCAGGCACUAAUGAGUAUGAAGAGUAAGAAAGACGAUCGAAGCUCUAGAACCUUUAUCAGAGACUGGGUCUCACUUGGGAAGAGUGCAAGAUUAAGCACAGAAGCAGCAGCUGGAAAUUUGAGUUUUGAAUCACAGUGCAGACAUUGCGAAAAGGAAUCAAUUAAUAGCUCACUGUUGAACUUGUUAACAUACCCUUGGAUAGAGGAAAGGGUGAAGGAAGGGAAUUUGAACCUUCAUGGGGGAUACUACAACUUUAUUGAUUGCACAUUUGAGAAGUGGACAUUAGUGUACCGUCCAGGGCUGGAAGGUGGCAGCAAGUAUGCCAUAAAGAACAGGUCUACCUGGUCUUGAUCAAUGAACAAGCAUUAUUUAUACUCUGAGGAAUAAAACCGGAAUGGAGUAAAGUUGGACACAGCGAACAAUACAUUACUACCAAAGUAAAGCCUGUAAACUGCCGGGACAAAGCGAAUUCAAUCCAGCUGCUGUGCGUUAUCUGUCUAGAAUCGUGAAAUGGCGGCCAGUAAAACUGCAAAACCAUAGUCAAAGGAAACAAAUGUAUAAUGCUGCCUCAUUUGGCAGACCUUGUGUUGUAGCAUCUGUAUAAUGUUUGAUGUAUCAUUGUAACAAUAAGAUACAGCUUUGUAAUGUCUGUUUUAUCAGUGUAUAAUUAUUUUGAAUGCAUGCCUGACUCAAAUAAGCAAAACUGUGAUGCAAUGCUA